AUGGAUUUGUGUGACCUCCACACCACAACAAGAGCAGCUCUCUACUGGAUCCAGACGUCCUUCAUUCCUGGCGUCUUUGUCUUUGUGCUGGUGAUAGGCCUGUUCUUGAAUCUCCUGUCACUGUGGGUCUUCUUCACCUGCAUCAAGUCGUGGACUAGAAGCACAUUCUUUCUCUGUAAUCUGGCCUUGGCUGACGUCACAUGGCUGCUCAACUUGCCCUUCCUCAUCCAAUACCACUUAGGUCAGCUUUUUUGGCCUUUUGGGGAAUGGUUGUGCAAAAUUAACCGCACCCUUUACCACACUUGCUUCUACUGCAGCAUCUACUUUAUCACAUGUGUCAGUGUCGACCGUUACCUCGCCAUUGCUCACCCUAUUAACUCCUUCUCUCUACUGACCAAGCGCCAGUCUGUGAUGGUCUGCCUUGCUGUGUGGACAAUUAAUUUUGUGUUCAGCGUGCCCAUUGCCCAGAUGGCUGUUAUUCAGACCUGCCCUGACAACAAGACAAUAUGCUCCCUCUACGUUUUUUUCAGCAGCACUGAAGAGACCCUACCCUUCUCUCUUACCUGCACAGUCACCGGUUGUCUUUGCCCAUUCUUUGCUAUUUGUUAUUGUUACAGUACCAGCAUGCAGCGACUGCAGAAGCAGUGCCACCAACCCUGGCAUUUGCAGAGAAUGGCUAAACUGAGCAAGGUUAUGUACUCAGCCCUCUUCAUCUUUGCCGUGCUGUAUCUGCCCUAUCAUUUGAUCAGGAAUGUUGCCAUAGGUCUACAUACAGCUCAUCCAACAGCUAUUGGGCCAACACUGUAUGCCGACAGCGCGUUUGCAGUGGAGAUGGCCAUUUGUAGUCUUAACACCUGCAUUAAUCCUUUUUUUUACUUUUUAACUGGGGGAGAUUUCCGUCAACAUUUCUGUGGAAUGUUCUCCUGCCCACGUUUGAAGAGUAAGCUGAAGAAGAGAAGGAUGCAAAAGACUAUUCGCUUACAUGUGGCCACCAUCUGCCCUGCCUGAUACAGGGGAAGCUCAAAGAGGAUCACCAACUGUUGUUUGGUUAUUCUUGGACAAUGACUAAGGGUUGCUUUGCCACAAAAAUUCUCUUGGACAAGCCAAUUUAAAAUGGUGCACCUCUGAGAAAGUCCUGAGAGAGACAAAUGAAAAUGUUCAUGUUUCUUACUCAAUUUGUUCUUUCAUUAAAUGUUCCUACUUAUCCCAGUCCAAGAUUGUGGGGAGCUGGAACAAAUCCCAAAAGCAUAAGAACGAAGGCAGGAACCAGCCAUGGAUGUGCUGUCAGUCUAUUGCCCCUUUCAGGCACCCAGUUCUACUCACAUAGACUAGUUUAGGAUCACCAAUGGACCUACAGUAAUACAUGCCUUUGGAAAGGGGCGAUUAUAAAUUAUGUGAAGAAAACCAAUAUGGACACAGAAAGAACAUGGAAGCUACACAUCAAGUGACCAGACAGGUAUUUGAAGCCAAACCUAUGGAACUGAGAAGCAACAUCCGUAGCUACUGAUCCAAUAUACUGGCCUUGAAUAUACUGCAUAAACACUACAACACCAAGUGUAAGACAGGAGCCAACUCUGGAACAAGAUGCCAGUCUUUAGGAGGGCACACAAUCACACUGGCUCACUCACACAUGGAUAAUAUGGAGCCACCUGCUAAUGUAACACAGAUAUCAUUGGGAUCCAGAAAGAAAACCAGAAUACCUGGAGAAAAGCUUGUUCAGAUAGCAACGAGCCAGGAUUCAAACCCAGUUUCUUGGAACUGUGAGACAGUUUAACAGUGCUAACUACUUUGUUUGUUAGUCUUGGAAA